AGCAAACAAAUGAAAUUAACUAUAGAAAUUUUGUAGUGCUAUUUAAUUUAUUUAAAAAAAUAAAUAUUUGACAUCAAUACAUGAAUAAGAAAUGGCGGCUGAAGAAGAGCAAGCGCAAGUUGUUUUGUCGGUUAAAGAGCCCCUAGACUUAAUCAGGCUGAGUUUGGAUGAAAAAGUUUAUGUUAAAAUGCGCAACGAAAGAGAAUUAAGAGGAAGAUUGCAUGCUUUUGAUCAACAUUUGAAUAUGGUUCUGGGUGAUGCUGAGGAAACCGUUACCACCGUCGAAAUCGAUGAAGAAACUUAUGAAGAAGUUUACAAGACAACGAAACGCACGAUACCUAUGCUAUUUGUGCGAGGCGAUGGUGUCAUCUUAGUGUCGCCACCCAUGCGAGUCGGAUAAAUAUAGUUUUAUAGAUGUAAUUUAAAUAAAGUGAAUUAAAAUUUUUUUGAACAAAACUAAAGAUGUAGUCUUUGAAAGCCUUCACACAUAUACGCUCUUAUGUACGACCCAUUAAAAAUUCCCCAUAAUUUGAGUUUUUUUUUUCCGUAUUAUUCAGAUUGAGACUGAAUUGAGGGGAAUUAUGGAUAUUUAAAAUUAAAAAUUCCCCAUAAUUUGAGUUUUUUUCCGUAUUAUUGAGAUUGAGACUGAAUUGAGGGGAAUUAUGGAUAUUUAACUUUACUAAGCGGAAUACCGUUGGUUAUUAAUCUUACACACACAGGAAAAUAAUUUCUUAUUUUAUUUAUUUAGUAAUUUUCCUUUUUAAAAUAAAACAUUUUCCUUAACUCU